CCGUGUCCUCUCCUCCUCUCGACAGCAUCCAGAACUAUAGCGCAACCGUCCCCAUCACUCUUUUUUCCUCCCCACCCCCCCACCUCUCUUUUUUUCAGAGAUCGCUCUCCUCUGCGUCUCUGGCCCCCGCCGCCCUCCCCACCCCCGGCCACCCCGCUCCAUCCAUCCCAGCUCAGUCCCUCACUCAUCUGACGCACGUCAGAGGAACGGACCCGAAGUAAGCAGAGAAAAAUAAAUUUUAAAAAACCAAAACCAUAAUCAGCUGAGCCAACCGCCGCCGAUAUGAUCCAGAGGCUCCUGCUACUGCUGCACCGGACAGAGGCGCCGUCCUGAAGCCGGGAGGAGAGCACUCUCACCCGGCCACACUGCUGCUGAGGGCUCGCCCGGGAGGAGGCGGAGGAGGCAGCGGCGGAGGAGAAGCAGGAGCAGGAGCAGGAGCAGGAGGAGGAGGAGGAGAGGGGAGGAACUAAGGGGAAGCGGACAGGCACAAGUCGAGGACUUGCAUUUUAAGCAAACUGCUUAGAGAAAAGAGAGAGAGGGAGAGAGAGAGAGAGAGGAGCCGUGAAAGAAGGGGAAGAGAGUCAGAGCCAUUGGAGAGAGAGCGAGGGUGGGAGAGAUUGCAUUCCCAUCACGUCUUCAUUUCUGCCCUCUCCGAGAGAGAGAGAGAGAGAGAGAGAGAGAGAGAGAGAUCUAACAAGAUUCAAACUAGUGGUCCUUUCCUCCCGAUGCUUUCCAAUUGCAGAAGGAAACUAAGCCCGGCAUCGGACGGUGAGAGCAGCGCACCGGGCAGCGGCAGGACACACCGCGGGAGGAGAUGUGAAGUCGGACGUCCCUCUGAACUAAUGCUGUGAAGUGGCUCUCCCCCUGGAGCCGAGACUUCAUCCCCUUGGUGUCAGCGAGGAUGCUGUGGGUUACCUUGCUGAGCACCAUAGCCUUAGGAUGGACCACCCCGAUCCCACUACUAGAGGACUCAGAGGAGAUCGACGAGCCCUGCUUCGAGCCCUGCUACUGCGAAGUCAAAGAGGGCAUCUUCCACGUCCACUGUGACAGCAAAGGAUUUACAAAUGUCAGCCAAAUCUCGCAAAUAUGGAGUCGGCCCUUCAAGCUCAACCUGCAGAGAAACUCCAUGAGGAAGCUUUACUUCAACAGCUUCCUGCAUCUCAACAAUGCCAUAUCCAUUAAUCUGGGUAAUAACGCCUUGCAAGAUAUCCACGCUGGAGCAUUCAAUGGCUUAGGAAUACUCAAACGGCUGUUCCUACAUGAAAAUAAGCUCGAAGUUUUCCGGAAUGACACUUUUCUGGGAUUGGAGAGUUUAGAGUAUCUCCAGGCAGACUACAAUGUUAUCAAAAGGAUUGAAAGUGGUGCAUUCAGGCACCUUCACAAAUUGAGAGUGCUCAUACUAAAUGACAAUCUGAUCCCGGUGCUCCCAAAUUAUCUUUUCCGGUCCGUCUCUCUCACACAUCUGGACCUGAGAGGAAACAGACUAAAGACACUGCCGUAUAAGGGCACACUGGAAUAUGUUGGAAGGAGCUUGAUGGAAAUUCAGCUGGAGGAAAACCCCUGGAACUGUGUGUGUGAGAUUGUCCAGUUAAAGACAUGGCUGGAGAGAAUCCCAUAUACAGCAUUGGUGGGGGAGAUUACGUGUGAGUAUCCAUUCCACUUACAUGGGAAAGACUUACGGGAAAUCAAACGCAGUGAGCUCUGUCCACUGCUCUCCGAUGCAGAGAUUGAGGCCAAGCUGGGAAUUCCCCGGGUCCCAUUUAGCAAUGAGAACACAUGGCCUACUAAACCUUCCUCCAUGCUCUCAUCCUUUCACAACACAGCGUCUUCUGUGGAAUACAAGGAAAGAGUUGUCAAGCCAACCAAACGACCUCGGCCCACAAAGAACCCGCCAACCCCUCACAGCAUCUACCCAGGCAUCAACCAACCCCCUGUUGCUGGCUACCAAACAAGGCCUCCCAUCCCUAUAAUUUGUCCAGCUGGAUGUAUCUGCAACCUCCACAUCAAUGACCUGGGGCUAACAGUGAACUGUAAAGAGAAAGGCUUUCACAACAUCUCUGAGCUCUUGCCUCGGCCCCUCAAUGCCAAGAAAUUGUAUCUCAGUGGAAACCUAAUACAGAAAAUCUACCGUUCUGAUUUCUGGAAUUUCUCAAGUUUGGAUUUACUGCAUUUAGGGAAUAAUCGUAUAUCCUAUGUCCAAGAGGGCGCCUUUAUUAACCUGCCAAACUUAAAAAGUCUAUAUCUGAAUGGGAACGACAUAGAGAGGCUCACUCCUGGGAUGUUUCGGGGGCUUCAGAUGUUGAGUUAUCUUUACUUUGAGUAUAAUGUCAUACGUGAAAUACAACCUAACUCCUUCUCUCUAAUACCAAAUCUCCAGUUGGCUUUCCUCAAUGACAAUCUGUUACGCUCCCUCCCCACUGACGCCUUCGCCGGCACCAACCUCGCACGCCUCAACCUCCGGAACAACUACUUCCUUUCCCUGCCUGUGCGUGGCGUUCUGGAGCAUCUGACCUCCAUUGUUCAGAUUGAUCUCCAUCAGAACCCAUGGGACUGCUCCUGUGAUAUCAUCCCCCUCAAACAGUGGAUGGAAAAGCUCUCCUCUGUCAUUGUGGUUGGAGAUGUCCUUUGCAAGACACCCGAGUUUGCUUUUGGCAAGGACCUGCGUUCACUGGAGGUCGAGGUCAUCUGUCCCGAGCUCAAGUAUUCUUCCGGUCCUUCCCCAGCCCUGCCUGGUGGGGAUGACCUCACCACAGGCAGCUCCGAAAUGGAGGAGGCAGAUGGAAGAGGAGCUGUUCCGCUGUCUGUUCUCAUCCUCAGCCUUCUCAUUCUCUUCAUAUCAGCUGUGUUUGUGGCUGCGGGGCUUUUUGCUUUUGUUCUGCGUCGCAGGAAGAAGCUGCCCUUCCGUAAGCGCUCUGAGGUAGAUCUGACAGGGAUCCAGAUGCAGUGCAGGAUUUUUGAGGACCCACCAAGACAAAGCUGUGCUGGUAACACAUGCACACCAGAGAAACCGACACCCAGUAUGCACACACACGCUCACACUAGUCACACACAUGCCCAUGGCCACGUUUAUGAUUACAUCCCCCACCCUGUGACUCAGAUGUGUAACAACCCCAUCUAUAAGCCUAGGGAGGGGGAGAUAGCAGAGGAAGACAGAGCGCAGUUUUCCGACAAGAAAGACAAUGGCAACAGUAGCAACACAAACUACAGAACCUUGUUAGAGAAAGAGAGAGAGUGGACCCUUGCCGUCUCCAACUCGCAGCUCAACACCAUCGUCACAGUCAACCACGCCACGGCUGACAUGGCAGGAUUUCAUGAAAAUGGAGGGCUCUGCCCGACAGUGAUUGACAGUCAGAGGCCCACGCCGACAGUGGGCUUUGUAGACUGUUUGUAUGGGACCGUACCAAAACUAAAGGACAUGCAUGUGGCGCAUGCGCACCCACCAGGCAUGCAGUACCCUGAUUUGCAGCAGGAUGCACGGCUGAAGGAGACAUUGCUUUUCACGGCGGGGAAAGGCUGCUACCCCGACCCGUCCCAAAGCGAUUACCUCGAGUUAAGGGCCAAACUUCAAACCAAGCCGGAUUACCUCGAAGUCUUGGAAAAAUCUUACCGGUUUUAACAUCUCUAGCCCAUGGAGAGAAAAAAUAAUGAAAAACAAAACAUACAAACAAGUCAACACAUUCACUUUGCCACCCAAAUCACCCAAAACCAAUACGGAAAAAUAAACUUGAAAAAGCAGCAUGAUAUAAAAUUAAAUAUAAUAUUACAAUUACAACAACAUUUCCCCCCCAAAUCACUUUGGAGGAGAGGCCAUUCUCAGAUAUUUCAAUGAAGUGCCUUUUUUUCAGAGUAGCCAGCAAUGUCAACAGUCGUUAUUUUUAUAAUAUAUAAAUAUCUCUAUAUGCCCGAGAGAGAGCAAAAGAGGAACAAGAGGGGCACCGGGGAAUAAAACAAGCAAAACAUCCUAAAAUACAUCUGUCACUUAAACCCCUUUUUAUGGAGUUACCAUGACGCGCAAGACACACGGGAGCUGGACGUCUCCCUGACUUGGGGGUUUUCCUUCUGCCUCUUUUACCCCUGACUAGGAUGUACAAACACCCGGAAGCCGUGCACAUGAAGUUUGCAGGAAAUUAUUGAAAGAGAGAAAAAAAUAUCAAUACAUAUAUUAAAGUGAACUGCAGUUUGCUGCAUGCACUCGCCUCAGUUGGAGAAGCGAGGGGAUUUAUUCAGAACUAUCAUGUCACAUUAUGAACAGAGAUACUGCAACACAUUUACUGUUCAGUGUUCUAUUUAAUUUUUAUAUCUUAUUAAUAUGUUAUUACUAUCAAUGAGGACUACUGUCUAUAUCAGGGUGCUUCUCGUAAAAAGGACGCGCUGACGCACGGAUGGUAAAACAUUUGUGAAUAUUAUUAUAAGACAAUGCUCAAGGUUUUCUGGAUAUUUCCAUGCACUUUGUUAAGACCCUCCCCCCAUUGCUUCUGGAUUCCCCAUUAUCACCCACUAACGGCUUUGUAGGAGGCACUUUUAAUGUUUUCUCUCUCACAAAGAUUUGAAGAAAAAUGUGCAUAUAUUUAUUCUGUACUUUCAGUGACGAAUUUAAUUGUAAAGGUAAUGUUAAAUCAAUGUAUAGUGAAUAUGCGUCUGGUAUAGCCUUCUUAAUAAAAACAAACUCUUCGAUGAAAUGAUGAAAGGGUUGAUGCCACGGGAACCUGUGUGUGGAGCGCUAUUCACAGGGUGUGUAUUUGGUUUCUUGUUAAAAUGGCAUGUUGAAGCUGUGGCCAACCGUCAUGAAAAAAUGCUAAGGAAGAUGGGAGAAUAGCUACCGAACCAAUAGAAUGCUGGACAGGAAUGUAGUGGAGGGCAAUAACAUUUAAAUGACUCAUUAUUUUCAGAUUAGUAGCAAGUGAAUAGUAGGGAAAGGAAAGAAAAAAGGAUGAACAAAAUGUUAUUUUUUCUGGGAUUAUUUGUAGUUCUUCCUAUGAUCUUCACCUGCUGGAUAUCAUAGUGUACAAAUUUUUUUUUUUAUCUGCCACUACAUUGUUGAUCCUAGUUGGAUGCAAUCCAAAGGUAAAGCAGUAUAGAAAACGCAAUGCCAGAACAAGCCAAAUGAAUGCUGCUGGUUUUGAAGUGGUUAUGAGGAAAGAGGAUAUACCAAAUCAGCGAGGCAUGCUGCGAUUUUCAUUACCUAAACGGGUACCACUGAUUCAAUAAACAGUAAUCGAGAGGACGAGGGAAAACGUGAUUGGAGGUAUAGCUCUUAGAAUUUGCGCAUCUAAUUCCUGACUCCCUCCUAAAGUAGCAGUGUGGUUUCCUGGCACCGGGGGGCGAUAAAAAGGCAUUCAGAUUCAUUCGGCAUUUAGCAGACUGGAUGCAGUUACAAUGUAAUGCACAAAUUGUUUAUUCUUAGAGGUCAUCAAGGUUCAUAUUCAGAAUGAAUUAUUGUCAAGAUAUCUAUAUAUAAAACCUACAUGUGGCAUAAUAAGAUCAUUUCAAUCAUUUUGGUGCAAUAUCAUUUGUUUCAUGAUUCCCCCCUUUAUUUCAACCACUUAUCUUAGAAAUAUAGCAAAAUAAAGCAGGAUAUUCUAGCUGUUUCAACACAAUUAAACUUUGUUUUUCAACUAUCUCAAGAGAGCAGUGCAUUUACAUAUUGGUAUUUCUUAUUUCUUGUUGAGGAAUGUUGAUUACUGCAUUUCGUGCAUUGAAAUUCUUAGUGGUAAAUUAAUCUGUACUAGUCUCCUCCACAGUAACCCUCAUUUGCCAGUUGUUUUUUUUGCAGUGGCAGUUUUCAUAUUUCUCAUUUCCCUAUCCAAGCCUGAUUCUGUUUAGGGACCAAAAAAACAAGGUUGAAACACCUGUGGAGUAAACACGGCAUUGCAAUACUCAUCAUCAUCAUCAUCAUCAUCAUCAUAGUGCCAUUUCUUUUUCUCGAUCCUAAGGUGAAGAAAAAUAUGAUGUUGAUGUCUUUAAAUUUGGGAGUCAUCUAUUGAAAGGAGGGGGCCUUUUUUGCUUUGUUUUAAAAUGGGCAUGAUGUGCAAUUUGCUUUGACUUCAAUAGUUUUACUAGGAGUGGUGAUCAUCAUUUUGAAUUUGGGUGUUAUCGUUUCUCAUAUGUGCCAACUUAUGCAGUGAGUGGAAGAUAUGUAGCAAACCACAUACGUCCCUGUAAAAUGGGAAGACCCUUAAUCAUCUCCAGUACAGAUCAUCAAUGAUCCAGUCUAGAAGUUUGGGAUAUGGAACGUUUUUUAAACUUGUGUUGUGUUUUUUUUUUGGGGGGGGGGGGCAAUUAUUGUUGCUCUAAUGAAUGGAUUUCACUUCAUAUAAAGCCUCUGUAAGCACGGUAGCAUUACGUCAAAGGCGCUUAUGUUUUCUACUCGUUGGAAGUUUCAAUAUGCUGUAUGUUCUGCUGCCCCACCAUAUUUGCCUGAUCCUUUUUUUUCCUUCUUACUUACUUAUCACUUCCACACACACACACACACACACACACACACACACACACACACACACACACACACACACACACACACACACAUUCUCAGGCUUACACAGAGCCUUCCUUUCUCCAACCAAGAGGUUAGACUAUGGUCAGCAUUUUUUCAGUAUGCACUCAGUUUGAUUAAAAAUAACAUAAUGCAUUACUCUGUUAACCUCAAACCCUCAUCAUCACCCCCAACUCCCCAAAUGAAUAAAUAAAUAAAGUUUUGGGAUCAUUGAUGAUUUUGCUAUAGUCCCAUAUCUUGGCAACCUCUUAUACUCUAUCUCCCCCCCCCCCCCCCCCGUCACCCACCCAACAUAAUAUUUCACAAAUGAGUGCUGGGCUUUGUCCCAUUAUAUCAUGCUGAGUGGUUUUAUCCCAAUAAAUCCUCUUGUUAUCCUGCA